GUUGACUGCACGUUAGCUUGCUGUGCUCCUCCUCGUCGCUCCUCCUCGUUCCACGUUGACCGUCGUCGCUCCUCGCUCCUCUUUGACCGUCACCAUGAUUACGUCGCAAACCUUCCUUCUCAUUGGCCUGCCUGGCAGUCGCUUCAGGUCCAGGGAAGAGCGUCUCAUCAGGUUCAAGUCUAUGUAUGGUAUCAGCCCUGAAGUUGCCUCUGACUUGUGGUAUAUGUGUGACUUCCGCCGUGGCACAAAGCCGAAGCAUCUCCUUUGGGGCCUUCUGCAGCUGAAUGUGUAUGCAUCUGAACAUGUUCUUACCACCAUUACUGGCGUCGACCGCAAGACCUUUCGCAAGUGGAGUUGGGCUUGCAUUGAAUCGAUUUGGAACUCUCUUCCCGAUGUGGUCAAACUUGCUGACAGGUUCAAGGCCGGGCCUUAUGGAAGCAAGCGACGCACUUGUCUAAUGACUGUGGACGGCACUGACUUUCCCAUUGCGGAACCUCAGCCGUUUGACAAGAAGUGGUUCUGCCAAAAAACUCGCCAUGCCGGCGUUCGCUAUGAAGUGGCCGUUUGCAUUCAGACUGGUGAGAUUGUCCACGUGAAUGGUCCGUUUGCUUGUGGCCGCUGGCCUGAUCUCAAGAUCUACCGCUCCUUCCUCAAACAGAUGCUGCAGCCUGGUGAGAUGGUGGAGGCGGAUGAUGGCUACCCGGAUCUGACUGUCCGCAUGGCUUCGCAUCACGUCUCCCACCAAGACACCAGGGCUCGCAGCCGGGCCCGUGCCCGUCAUGAGGCAACCAACAAGCUGUUCAAGCAGUGGGGCUGCUUGCGACAGUCGUUCCGUCACCCUUUGUACAAGCACAAGUACUGCUUCGGUGCUGUUGUGGUUUGCACCCAGCUAUCGAUGCGCCGUGAAGGCGUUCCGUUCCAUGUUGUGUAUUAG